AGGGCGUAUCACACAUCAUGACAUUUUCUACUACUAAUCUAGGGAAAUGAGCCAUUUUCCUUACUUGUUCUGGGAAAUUCAGAUGCAUUUCUAUGUUCCUUGGAUGAAGCACACAUCAACUUUUAAAUUAUUCCCUCAGUGUUUUGAUUCCUAGCUGGCUGGCCCUGGCCUCCAGAGAAUUGAUUUUCUUAGUCACAAUCCAUGAUACUAGUUAGCUCAUUGUUACAUCACAGAAGGAACUGAUAUAUGCCAAAAUAUAGAAGACAAAGCUUUCUGUUGUAGAUGGGGGAAGAGGCACCUCUACCCCCUCUAUAGUUCCUGACUACACCAAAACUGUCACCAGCAACUGCCAUAUUAUUUUAAAAGCGAAGAAAUGGAACCUGCAAAUUACACCAGGGUGACAGAAUUUGUUCUCACUGGCCUAUCCCAGACUCGAGAGGUACAACUAGUCCUAUUUGUUAUAUUUCUAUCCUUCUAUCUGUUCAUACUUCCAGGAAAUAUUCUUAUUAUUUGUGCCAUCAGACUUGACCCUCAUUUGACCUCACCCAUGUACUUCCUGUUGGCUAAUCUGGCCUUCCUUGACAUUUGGUACUCCUCCAUCACAGCCCCUAAAAUGUUCGUAGACUUCUUUGUGGAAAGGAAGAGAAUUUCCUUUGGUGGGUGCAUUGCACAGCUCUUCUUCUUGCACUUCAUUGGGGCCUCCGAGAUGUUCCUGCUCACAGUAAUGGCCUUUGACCGCUAUGCUGCUAUCUGCCGCCCUCUCCACUAUGCUACUAUCAUGAAUCGACGUCUCUGCUGUAUCCUGGUGGCUCUCUCCUGGUUGGGGGGCUUUAUUCAUUCUAUAAUACAAGUGGCUUUCAUUGUUCGACUUCCCUUCUGUGAGCCCAGUGAGUUAGACAGUUACUUCUGUGACAUCACGCAGGUAGUCCGGAUUGCCUGUGGCAAUACCUUCCCAGAGGAGUUAGUGAUGAUUUUUAGUAGUGGUCUGAUCUCUGUGGUAUGUUUCAUUGCUCUCCUAAUGUCCUAUGCCUUCCUCCUGGCCAUGCUGAAGAAACACUCAGGUUCAGGGGAGAGUACCAGCCGGGCCAUGUCCACCUGCUAUUCCCACAUCACCAUUGUGGUGUUUAUGUUUGGGCCAUCCAUCUACAUUUAUGCUCACCCAUUUGACUCUUUUUCCCUAGAUAAGGUGGUGUCUGUGUUCCAUACUGUGAUAUUCCCUUUACUUAAUCCCGUUAUCUACACCUUGCGAAAUAAGGAAGUAAAGACGGCCAUGAGGAAGUUGGUCAACAGAUAUAUGUUAUGCAGAGAGAAGUGA